AUGCGUCUCAGCUAAAACAUACGUUGUGAUGUUAUCCUAUUUCUCUUGCUAUAUUUAGAUGGGUUCAAUGUUGGCGCUGCUGUUGCUUGCAUUUUGCUCGUCCAUAGAUGGACAACUCAGCGCUAUGUUUGGAAAUCCCAUCCAAGCCCCAAAUUGUGAGUCGUGGUCUGAAUGGGGACCCUGUGUGUGGCUGAAGGGUAAAGAGAAAAGGUAUCAACGAUCGUAUUUUGACCAACUACUACCAGGACGAAAAGGUUGCCGCAAUCAUGUGUUUUUUCGACUUCUGAAGGACCGCUGGGGAGUGGCCUUCAACAAUUUCUACAAUUACCUUCGCGAAAUAACGGUAAGCGAACAACAAUGCGGCGAGUGCUCGUACCAGCAGAGCUGUGGACGUCAAUGUCAUCGGCGGGGCGAAGUCACGAUGAUUAACCCGCUCUUUGUCGCUGAGCGUCGUUGUAUGGGCUUGGAGCAGAACCAGGCGUGUACUUCCAAAUAUAUGCCUGACUGCAAACUUUGGCCAAACCGCUCGAUUCAACUCCCAAAUGUCACGGAAAGCAUGCAGCAGAUUAUCGACGGGUUGGAUUACCUCACUUGCGUUCCCCAGCACAGGCAAACCGGAUCAGUAUGCCGUUGCUGCUGUCAUCCCUAUACGCCCAAUCCGCAGACAUUCAAGUGUGAGCUGAAAUCUUUUAUUACUGGACACUGAACGAACUCUGCAUUUUCCAAUUUGCGUGUCUGUUUUUGAAUGUUUCCUGCUUUUGUUAAUCACCUAUUUAUUUUCUGUUGUUGAGGUCAUAAAAAAUUUUCAAAG